AUGGAGUCCGUGGUGCCUUGUGCAUGGCGCGCUCGUGCUCGCUUGCCCAAGGCUUGUGAGCUGCGUGCUUUCUCGCUUCGGCGGAUCAAAGAGGCGGGACUUCCCCGGUUCCGCCGGUUCCGGGUUGAACGGGCGGUUGACAGAGGCAGGGACAGGGACAACUUCGCUCAAGGUGCGACCCGCACAGUGACCGGAGCAAUCUGGGGUCAUGCUGCGAGCUGCCGCUGGCAAUAUUGGCCCUUUUGGCCCGGUCUUCGGCAGAGCCACCUUCGCAUCCUCUUGCGCAUUCUGCGAGCUCCGCGAGCUUCCAGCGAGGGCGGGGCCGGUGGGGCUUGCGAGGCAGAGUUUCGGAAGUGCUGGGCGGCGAGUUUGGAGCGCUGCGGACCGCGGUUGAGGCCGGGACAAGUGCUGGAAGCACUCGAGGCGGUCGCUGGGGGCGGAAGUCUCCGCGAGUCUCUUCCCGGCUUCAUGCCGUUGCUCAAACGCAAUGUGGAGAUCGCUCGGCAGCCUCUCCGGCUCGUCCGAAUCCUCUGUCUCCUCCGCGAGAACGAAGGUGAGUCUGGGCGGCUCGCCGCCACCAGCGUCCUGCAGCUUGUACAGCACUGUGCCCGCCAGCUCUCCGAGAAGCAUCAGGACUUCGGCCCGGAGGCGCUGGCCGUCUUCUGCGCCUUGACCAAGGCCGCGGGUCGAGCCGCCUUUCGGAAACUUAGCGAGGAAGAGUUGACGAAGCUGAUCCGGGACGUGGCGCACCAGGCAGGCUUGGGCGGCUUGGGCGGCUCGGGAGGACUGGGACAAAGCGUUCGAAGCAAAGCGGCAGACGGGGCAGAGCUCUUUUGCACAUUGGCGCGCCUGGGCUCCCAGAAGGAGGGUUCUCCUGCUGAGCUUCUGUCUUGGUUGUGCGGCUUCUUGAACCGCCGCAUGGAAGGCGUCCCUGCAGAGAUGUUGGCACCUCUUGCAAGGGCUUUGGGCAAAGGAGAUCCACACGAGGAGUAUGUCUUGCUGCACGCCAUAUGCCAGCAAGUGCUGUGCGUGGGACUUCCAAGUGCAAACGCCGCCGCAUCGAUGCUCCUCGCAUGCAGCAAAUGGGAGUUUUACGACGAUGCUGUAUUUGUGCUUGCUGCAGAAUCUCUGAAUGAAGGGGUCCACCAAAUCUCUCCGAGCCAUCUUUGCGACUUGGUCUAUGCGGUCAGCAAUUUGCAGAUUCGAGACGCUUUGCCACUUGACUCGCUGGAUGCGCUCUGUGAUGAUCUGGUGAGAAGAGUGGAGGCACUGUCUGAAGCUGACCUCGUGCGUCUGUUGAGGGGGCUGCUAAAGUUGCGACACCAGCAUGAGCCUUUGCUGGCCGCACUUAGGCCCGUAGUGAUGGAACAGCAAGCAAGGAUCCAAUCGAUCAGCCUUUGCAACUUGAUUAACGUCUUCUCUUACUUUGGAGGCCUUGAUAGUGAAAGUCAGAAGUCUUUGCUUGACACGGCUGUCGGCCGAGCGCGCCGAUUGCAACCUGUCUCGGUGCAACACCUCCUCACAGCUCUGUGUCGGUUGCGGCAGACCUCGGACUCGGAAUUUCUGCUUCCACUGGAGAAGCUCUGCCAGCACAUUGCGACCAGUGGCGUUGCCGGCAGCGGGCCAGGGCACUGCACUUUCAGCCCGGUGCAGGCCGUGAGCUCCCUGGCGGCGCUUGCAAAACUCCAGCAGCGUGACCUAGCGGCUUUGUCCGUGCUUCUUGGGGCGUUCACAGGCGCCAUCUGCUGGACCUGGGCUCCGUCUCCACACUUUCUUCGCGCGGUGGCGACACCUUGCGAAGCACUCGGCAGCAGUGGCCGCCGCACACUGGAGGGGCUGGGAAGCUCCCACUGCGUCGAGAUCCUGCAAAGCCUGGCUGUAUUGGAUCUGAGCAGCCGCGAGACGGUCCAGCUGACGGCGUUGCUGUGCGGCUUGCUUUGCCCUCAACUGCACGAGCUCCGAGCCAAAGAGGUGCUGGUGGUGGCCCGCGCCAUUGGCAGCCCCGAGAGGCUCCCAAACUCGAUCUGGGCGAAAGAGGCUGAGGAGGCGGAGGCCGAGGCGGAGGCCUCGGAGUGGCGCGAGCGCGGCCUGGAGCUCUGUUUGGAGAGCUUGCGGCGCCACGAAAGCUUCCUCGACAGUUCUUGGGUCAGCUUGCUCCCUUUCAAGUUGCUGUGCUUGCAAGUCAAUUCGGGGACCUUUGGCACGCGUGAAUUUCGCGACUUUCUGAAUCCCAUGCUCUUCAGUUUUGUGGAGCGGCUGAGGUGUGUGACCAAGGAGCAGUGCGACCAGAAUCGCUUGCAGCGCGAGGGAGACGAAACUUUGGAGGAAGAGGACACCUUGGGCAUGGAGGGACCCGAGAUGAUUCGUGGAUCGAACUUUCGCAUCUUCGUGGGAAGCUGCGUGCAAUAUUUGCCAGUUAUCUGA